AGGGGAGGUAACCGUUCGACAUUUACUUCGUAAUUUGAACACCGGCUACAAAGCUCAAAAUGGAUACCUGGACAUCUGACCCCACUCAAUUCCCCCGACACCUGCAAGCACGGUGGUGAGCAAAGCUGCUACAUGAAGAACUCCACCCACGCUUCUCGCGAGAACGUGCAACCUAUCAACGCGGCGCAUUAUCCUUCCGCCCAGGGCAGGAGCAGACGUGCCAGGCAAGCCAGGAUUGCCAGGUUAGGUGCCAUCAAGCUACACCACACACCAGAAACAUCCCAAGACAUGAAUCCUGGCAGCCUCGACGUUGGUUCCUCCUGAAAUCAACUCCAUGAAACGACUCCUUUGGGCUCGGCCUCCAAAAGGACCCAGAACAUCGUCACUAUCAACCAAACACACGAAUCCUAGAAUCGAAUCGAGUUCCUCCUGGCCCUGAACACCACCGACCUGCUUCUAUGUAGUUGAGCCUACGCCUCAAUCUCCAAAUCACCCAACCGAGCGAGUCCGUAAAUGACCGCGUAUAUCUCUGUGGCAUACCUUCUCCAAGCAAAACUUUAGUUCGACCCCAUAAACACCAUCGCACGUAUUGCGAGUCCAUGCCGGCUGCCUUCGCAGCUCUCGACCGCAAUCCUCGUCAAUGCAAGCUCCCGUAACUCUCGACCGUCGACGCCCUCGCCAGGACCCGACCUCCCCCUGCUACCAUGAAAAGCACGCCUCUGAUCAUCAACUGGCACGACCAGACUGCCCCAAUAUAUUCAUCUCAUUUCGAGCCAACUGGAAAGGGGCGUUUGGCCACAGCUGGUGGUGAUAACAAUGUCCGCAUAUGGAAGGUUGUAGCAGAAGGAGAUGACCGCAAGGUCGAGUAUCUUUCGAGUCUACAGAAGCAUACACAAGCAGUCAAUGUUGUCCGCUGGGCACCAAAAGGUGAUCUGCUGGCCUCUGCCGGUGACGAUGGAAACAUCAUACUCUGGAUACCAGCUGAGAAUCAUUUACCAGCAUCUUUUGGAUCCGAAGGUCUGGAGGACAAGGAGACAUGGCGCACCAAGAACAUGUGCCGAUCCUCUGGCGCCGAGAUUUAUGAUCUCGCUUGGUCUCCUGACAGCCAGUAUUUCAUUAUCGGGAGCAUGGACAACGUCGCUCGUAUAUAUAGCGCCGCGACCGGCGCGUUGGUCCGGCAGAUUGCCGAGCAUAGCCACUACGUUCAGGGAGUGGCAUGGGAUCCGUUGGACGAGUUUAUAGCCACGCAGUCGUCGGAUCGCUCGGUCCACAUAUACGCUUUGAGGACAAAGGAUGGUAAAUACACACUGAGCGGUCACGAGGAUAAGCCGCAAAAGAUUGCCGGGCACAUGAAGACAGACUUACCGCCGAGGAGAAUAUCUUCUCACAGUCCGGCACCCCCCGAGUUCGGACACCGGUCCCAGGUCUCAACUCUCGACUCCGUGGCUGCGUCGUCGCCUGCGCCAUCUGCACCUGGAACGCCAACCUCCAUGGCCCUGCCAAUGAACCCCCCUAGCGUGAUAAGUCACAGCAGGAGGUCAUCUUUUUCGUCAAGACGCUCUGUAUCGCCCGCCCCUUCAAUGCCUUUGCCGGCAGUUAUGCCCAUGGAGCCAUCACCAAAACCUCAUCCCAGCGCCAGUCUAGGCAUGAAGAAUGCCAGUCUCUACCACAACGAAACACUCACGUCAUUUUUCAGAAGACUCACUUUUACCCCCGACGGCAGUCUUCUGAUCACCCCCGCGGGUCAAUAUCAAACACAGCAUCAGGUAGAAGGCUCUAAGCCAACGUACGAAGUAACAAACACUGUCUUCAUCUACUCACGCGGCGGGAUCAAUAAGCCGCCCAUCUGUCAUCUUCCAGGGCAUAAAAAGCCAUCCGUCGUCGUGAGGUGUUCGCCAAUCAUAUAUACUCUGAGGCAAUCACUACCUGCGACUAGGCAUAUCACCAUUGACACAUCGUCAGCCGAAGAGCCUAUUCCUUCCCUUCCCGAACCGGUCUCAAAACCGUCUCCAGCAACUUCGGUCAUGGAUCCCCCACCACCGCCAGGUGGUGAAGUGAUAGGCACAACCGGUAAACCACCAAACCCCGAGGCCCCGUCAGCUAGCCCCGGCCCGAAGCCCGCGUUCGCCCUGCCGUAUAGAAUGGUGUACGCAGUUGCAACCCAGGACUCUGUUCUGCUCUAUGACACGCAACAAAUGACCCCCAUCUGCAUUGUCAGCAAUCUGCAUUGUGCAACCUUCACUGAUCUUGCUUGGUCCAAGGAUGGCCACACGCUGCUAAUAUCGUCUUCCGAUGGGUUCUGCUCGACCUUGUCAUUUUCGCCUUCGGACCUUGGCCAGGUCUACACUGGGGAGCUGCCACUAAGACAAAGUGUCACUCCCACAACGACAGUCUUGUCAAGCCAAAACACCCCGGCCGCCACACCCACUACGGUACCUGCGCCUCCUUCACCAUUUCAUGCGUCACAGUCGCAUCACCGGACAGCUUCAAGCUCGUUUGCCGCUCCUUCUCCACCAGCUUUCGCCACCGCGGGACAGCGACCGUCGUCCCCAGCACGCUCCAACUCGACAUGUUCAGUUGUUACGCAGGGGUCUGGGAUACUGAAUGCACCAACACUCAUCGGAGGAACCGUGCCGGGCAUAGCCGCGACCAACUCUGGCAAGGUAACAGGGGUACCUAUUACGACGCCUCCCGAGACACCACGCAGUUCUGUGGCAAACCCAAGUACUGUCACUGCCUCGGGCGUCAAGCGAGAUAUCAGCGAAAGUGACAAAGAGGAAGCUAGUCAGGAGCCAAAGAAGAGACGCAUAGCACCGACCCCUGUCGGCGAUUCGCAUAAUUCGUAGACCUGAUCAGGUGCGCAUGGGACUAACAGUCAGCGUUGGGCAUUUCAUUGACUCGUUAUAUCAGGCGAUCAAAAGGGCUUUCUUUUUUUGGGUUGGGAGGGGGGGGAUGGAUUUUGCGGACGUACGAGCCUCAGUGUUGCAGCCUUGUCUUACCCGGAAAAAAGUGCUUGGCGAGUUCUUGGUAGGGCUGCAAUUUUCGCUUUUGCAUCCCUGGAUUAUCUGGUGCCAAUACGAGCAGCUUGUGGUUCUUUUCACUUGAACUAAUGAGCUGUGCUUAGGCAGAGAUAGUCAUAGAGCUAUGUGUAUUACGAAACAAUAUCAUAUAGCUGUAGCACGGUACAAAGCUACCUACCUGUUUACUCUCCUUCCUUGCUUAUAUGAGAUGUUUAUGCUGUAGCUUAUCAGAGCCUGGCUGUUCGUUCUUA